AUGGUACCCUUUGAGUGCUUGCAUCCACUAAGGCGACAGACACAGGCGAACGAAGUCCUUAAAAAAACGCCAAGUAGCUUGAGAUUUGAAUUGGCUGUUGGCAAUAAAUAUGUGAAACGGCCACCACGCAAGGCAUAUGGUCGACUCAGCGCCGAUUCGGAUGACGGCUCAUCAAUGAAACAUAAAAUCGAUGAUCCCUUUGACGAUCUUGAUAAUUUUGAAAUGAUUGCACCGGUCAGUGGAGGGAACAAUACAAAUGGCAAUGACGCACUGCGAACAUCAAUGGUCAAUGGCUGCACACAUGCCGUCAAUGACGGUGGUAUAUGCAAUGUGGGCAAUUGUGCUGGAGUUGGGAAUAAUUCUGUAUGUCAUGCACCCGAUUGCCAAGGAAACUUUGUGAAUAAUGACUUUUGUAGCCUGAACAUGGAAGGUUUGUGUAGUGGCAGCAAUGCGAAUGGUUUGGUAAAGUCAAAUUCAUCAUCAUUAAGAACAAAAGAAGUCAAUGAGAAUACCAUAAACCGAAUACAGGCUAUGGCAAUGUCGGAUGAUGAUGAUUAUGGUAUGUAUUAUCAAGAGCAUGGAAUGCAGGAAAAUAUUUAUGAUAGUAUUAAAAACUACUUGGCUAUUGAUGCCGCUACUUUGGGUAUUGUGAAACGAUUUUAA